AAAAGGCAUUGCUGCCUUGCAUCUCCACUCACUCCCUUACUAGCUUCCGGCUUCCAGCUGAGGGGAGAUCAGAGAGACAGAAUCCAACUUCCUCUACUUCUCUCUCUACAGAGUUGUUUUCUCUCUCCAGAUCCCACCUAUUGGCGCUCCUCAUUUGAAGAUCAAGUGGGUUUUUCUCAUAACUCUUUGUCCCAGCACUGAACUUUAAGGUUUUCUGAUAAGUGGGUACUAGUAAUAUACCAGAAAGAAAUGCCAAAUUGGGAGCUCAGGAAUUGUUGCAACCAUGAGCAAGUAGUGUUCCUCACUACUGUCGCUGUCUGUUCUGUAGUCAUCCUUGCGCUAUGGAGGACGCUACUACUGAUGCCAUUCAAGCUUGUCACCGUGUUUAUUCAUGAAGCUAGUCAUGCUAUUGCUUGCAAACUUACAUGUGGCCAUGUGGAGGGAAUCCAGGUUCAUGCAAAUGAAGGUGGCAGUACACAAACUCGCGGUGGCUUAUACUGGUUCAUAUUGCCAGCUGGAUAUCUUGGUUCAUCAUUUUGGGGGAUGGUUUUCAUACUUGCAUCCACAAAUCUUCUCACAGCAAGAAUUGCUGCUGGAUGUUUAGCUGUUGCUCUGCUUGUUGUACUUUUUGUUGCUAAAAAUUGGACACUCCGGGGGCUUUGUAUUGGAUUCAUGGUAUUCCUUGCUGUAAUUUGGGUUCUGCAAGAAACAACAAAAAUUCAAAUUCUUCGGUACAUCAUCCUUUUCAUUGGUGUAAUGAACAGUUUAUUUUCAGUAUAUGAUAUAUAUGAUGAUCUAAUAUCCCGAAGAGUUCACUCAAGUGAUGCUGAGAAGUUUGCUGAAGUUUGUCCAUGUCCUUGUAACGGUGUUGGAUGGGGUGUCAUCUGGGGUUUCAUAUCUUUCUUGUUCCUUUGUGGGGCCAUGUAUCUUGGUCUUGUGAUCUUGUCUUGAGCGGAAAUCAAAGUUGUAUCUGCAUUCUCCAUGGAUUGCAAGCAUGAACCACUUACACAACUUUUGGGUCAAGAGAAAAGAUCAGAAGCAUUUUUCAGUCUUUACAGUGAAGAAUCAUAUCCACAGUCAAUUUCUGGUGCGCCAAGAUUUCUGAUCCUUCUGGUUCUUCCUCAUAGCCAGUGUUGGCCUUUGAGUUACAGAAGAUUAAGCUUCUAAAAUUCUUUAGCACCCACAGAAAUUGUCAACUGGCUUUAGAAAAUUCUUUCUAUUUUCCAUUCGCCCUUCCCUUGCUUUCAGGGUACUACUUUAACUACUACUGUUAUGGAUGUGGGAGCAUCAACUCCGUUCCCGUGGGAAGUCAUUCCAUCUCAGUUCAGACUGCAAUAAGUCAAUUUUUUAAAGUCAAAUUUUGUUGCAUUUAUAAGGAUCGUUAUAGGUGAAUGAAAUGCCAGUUCUUUCGUUAUAUUCUUUCUUUGUUUCUGACCAUGAUCAAAGAAUAUAGAGUAAACCCUUGUUGAUGUUAGCCCAUGGGCCUUCCAAUUCCUGGCUGCUAUUUUAGCAAUGUCAUGAGCCGCUUCCCUUCUCCUCUAUCUUAGGUUUUUAUUUUGAAAAGGGUAGAAGGUGGGCGACCAGAUGUGAAAUUUUUGUCAAGGCGUGACCUAAGGACUGCCUUAUUCUGAAGAAGCUUUUUGGAUGGAUCAAGACGGGAGAAAUCCACAUCCGCUUCCUAAGGACUACCUGAGUCACUAAACUGCUAGUAGUCUUCUCCCCGAGAAUAGACCAUGGGAUAUAACCCUUACAGGCUUGGUAGUUCUUUCGCUUGGG